AUCCAUCCAUGCACACGCUGGCCAACAACUUGACACAGCCUCAGCUGCUUGCUUUCAGUUCUAGUGAAACCACCGGUUUGGCCAGCCGCAUUUGGAAUCAGCAGCAGCAGCAGCAACAGCACGCGCUCCCCGCCCGAUUGUACAUUAACCAUAAUCUUUUAUUCCUGACCUGUUCAAGAUGUCCUUUGUUCGUCUAAUUGGUGCCGAGGCACGACUGAUCGCGAGGCGCAGUUACAGUUCGGCAGCUCCAACGACGAAUCUGUUCAUCGAUGGCAAAUUCGUGGAAUCGAAGACAAAGGAGUGGAUCGAUGUGCACGAUCCGGCCACGAAUCGGGUGGUGACACGUGUACCCAAGGCCACCCAGGAGGAGAUGAAGACCGCCCUCGAGUCCAACAAGAAGGCCUUCAAAUCUUGGAGCAAUCAGUCGGUGCUCUCCCGCCAACAGGUCAUGUUCAAGCUGCAGGCCCUCAUCAAGGCCAACAUGGGCAAUCUGGCCAAAUGCAUUACGCUGGAGCAGGGCAAAACAUUGGCCGAUGCCGAGGGCGAUGUACUCCGCGGAUUGCAGGUGGUCGAGCACUGCUGCAGCAUUCCCUCGCUGCAGAUGGGCGAAACUGUGGCGAAUGUUGCUCGUGAUAUGGACACGUAUUCGCUGGUGAUGCCAUUGGGUGUCACCGCCGGCAUUGCACCGUUCAAUUUCCCAGCGAUGAUACCGCUGUGGAUGUUCCCAGUGGCGAUAACCACCGGCAACACAAUGCUGCUUAAGCCAUCGGAACGUGUGCCCGGCGUCACCAUGAUGCUGAUGGAGCUGCUCAACGAGGCCGGCUGCCCGCCGGGCGUUGUCAAUGUCAUCCAUGGCCAGCACGAUGCCGUCAAUUUCAUUUGCGAUGCGCCCGAAAUUAAAGCCGUUUCCUUUGUCGGCUCCGAUACGGCCGGCAAGUAUAUUUACGAGCGUGCCGGCAAGAAUGGCAAGCGUGUCCAGAGCAAUAUGGGCGCCAAGAAUCAUGGCAUCAUCCUCAGCGAUGCCAACAAGGAGAACACAUUGAAUCAGCUCGCUGGUGCCGCCUUUGGCGCCGCCGGACAGCGCUGCAUGGCUCUGUCGACGGCCGUCUUUGUGGGUGAAGCCCAAAAGUGGAUACCCGAUCUGGUUGAACGUGCCCAGAAGCUGAAGGUGAAUGCCGGCCAUGUGCCCGGCACCGAUGUGGGACCAGUUAUCAGUGCCGCUUCCCGUAAGCGCAUCAACGAACUGAUCGAGUCGGGUGUGAAGGAGGGCGCCAAACUGAUUCUGGAUGGACGCAAGAUCACUGUGCCCGGUUUUGAGGAUGGCUAUUUUGUGGGUCCAACCAUAUUGAGCGAUGUCAAGACGAACAUGAAAUGCUACACCGAGGAGAUCUUUGGCCCGGUGCUUGUCAUUCUGAAUGCGGAUACUCUGGACGAGGCCAUCUCGCUUGUGAAUGCCAAUCCUUAUGGCAAUGGCACUGCAAUUUUCACCACUAACGGUGCCGCUGCUCGCAAGUUUGUCAAUGAGAUCGAUGCCGGCCAGGUGGGCGUCAAUGUGCCCAUACCGGUGCCAUUGCCAAUGUUCUCGUUCACCGGCACUCGCGGCUCCUUCCGCGGUGACCAUCACUUCUAUGGCAAGCAGGGCAUCAAGUUCUACACACAGACCAAGACCAUCACCCAGCUCUGGCGCGAAACUGAUGUCACCCACACCCAGGCAGCUGUCGCCAUGCCCACAAUGAAGUAAACCCACAAACAUAUCUAUCCUGCGAGAAGGAGUAAAAGAAAUUGCUGCAUUUAUUUUCUGUGCCUGUUAACUAGAAUUAAGCUAAACGUUAAACUGAAAACAAAACAAAACACAACAAAAAAAAAGAGUUUAUGAAACCCAAAAGCAAUCGUAAUAAAUUGUUAAGAAAACAAACAGAGAA